AUGAUGGAAGGGUGGGUAGAAGAUAAGAAAGUUAUGGGAGCAUGGUGUUUUUGUGAUGAGGAUGUAGUAGCAAAAUUAGUUGAAGGAGAAUUGAGGCUUGAAAAGGCUGGAGCUGAGUCACGUGAUGGAUUUUUCUUACUGAUAGACAUUGUGGGUGUUAGAAAGAGGGAUGAUGACAGUAUUCUAUGA